CCGCCGCCGCCGCCGUAGCCGCCAUUUUCCCAGAGCGAGAGGCAGUGACACUGAGCGGGCGCAAGGGGCCGAGUCGGAGACCGUGCGUGAGUUCGGGAGCGGCAUAGACACUUUGAGCAGCCUCGCCGUCGCCUCUGCGUUCCUGCUGACUGUCCGGGUACCCCCUCCCCUGCUCUUCAGUUGCUGGUGAAGAGGCUACGCGCUGCUGUUUGGGGAGGGGGUGUGUGGACCCGGGUCCUGAGUCUGCAGUGACUGUUAUCGGGGGGUCGCCUGAUCGUGGAGGUGUGGAGAGACUCCUUGGGGGGUCGAGCAAAUAACGGGGUUCGGGUGUCUGGUGUGUGAACAUCACAGCCACUGGUUGGAGAGGUUUGCGUAUCAGUCAGGUCUGUUGUGGAUAGCAGGUUUUGUGAAGACAUUUAUUCUUUCUUGGACCUCAGAUUUACCAGACAUCUCAUGGAGUCCUAUGAAAAUCCCUUUUUUAUAAACAAUGAGAUUAAUGCUUAAAAAUGCUUAGAGAGGUUAAAAUAACUUGCCUACCUCCCAGAUCUAGUAAGUGGUGGAGGCAAGAUCCAAAGCUUAUGCUUUAACCUUUAGGUGCAGUUGCCUACUGUUGUAAUUUAAUACAGUAAGAAUACAAUAACGGUAACUUGUAAUUUAAUAGCUCUCUUCAGUUACACAUGUUUUAAAAGUAAAGGCUAGUGUUUUUUGAGUGCUUAAGCCAUUAUUGCCCCCAUUUAGUAUUUUUUCCCUUAUAAGGUAUGAUUUCAUAAUCUGUGUCAUUUGUGAAAUAGAUAAAAAUUAACCGGAGUAGGUAAUUUCAAGCUUACUUUAAAAAAUUAAAGAUAAAUACAAGAGCUACUAUUUGAAGAAAUACUGCUAUUGAAGUAUUUUGAGUAAAACAUUAUAGGGACAGGGGACAAUUUUGACUGUUGACUCUAGCCCAUUUUAUAAGAUUAUCUGUAUCUGUUUUCUUCCUGAUUGAUUCUUUAUCGUUGUUGAAAAGGCUUCAAGUUGAUUAUUUCACAACCAAUACAUAUAGCAAGUGUUAUUUAGUGAGUUUGGAAUCCCUGGGUGGCGCAAAUGGUUAAGCGCUCAACUACUAGCUGAAACCCAUCCAGAGGUGCCUCAGAAGACAGGCCUGGUGAUAUGCUGCUGAAAGUCCGCAGUCUUGAAAACCGGACUGAGCGGUUCCAUUCUGCACACAUGGGGUUGCCGUGAAUCAAAAUUGGCUUGAUGGCAACUAAAAACAACAAGAAUACAGGUUUGUGGAUGCACUUAGAUGUUUGCAAUGAGCACUGUGGCUGGCAUGCCCCAGUGUUUUGGAUACCAAUGCAUAGGACUCCAUAGUAAUCGAAUUUACCAGAGGCGAACGUCAUGAGCAUAGUCAUCCCAUUGGGAGUUGAUACAGCAGAAACGUCAUACUUGGAAAUGGCUGCAGGCUCAGAACCCGAAUCCGUAGAAGCUAGCCCUGUGGUAGUUGAGAAAUCCAACAGUUAUCCCCACCAGUUAUAUACCAGCAGCUCGCAUCAUUCACACAGUUACAUUGGUUUGCCCUAUGCGGACCAUAAUUAUGGUGCUCGUCCUCCUCCAACACCUCCAGCUUCCCCUCCUCCAUCAGUUCUUAUUAGCAAAAACGAAGUAGGCAUAUUUACCACUCCUAAUUUUGAUGAAACUUCUAGUGCUACUACUAUCAGCACAUCUGAGGAUGGAAGCUAUGGUACUGAUGUAACCAGGUGCAUAUGUGGUUUUACACAUGAUGAUGGAUACAUGAUUUGUUGUGACAAAUGCAGUGUUUGGCAACAUAUUGACUGCAUGGGGAUCGACAGGCAGCAUAUUCCUGAUACCUAUCUCUGUGAACGUUGUCAGCCUAGGAGUUUGGAUAAAGAGAGGGCGGUGCUACUACAACGUCGGAAAAGGGAAAAUAUGUCAGAUGGUGAUACCAGUGCAACUGAGAGUGGUGAUGAGGUUCCCGUGGAACUAUAUACUGCAUUUCAGCAUACUCCAACAUCGAUCACUUUAACUGCCGCAAGAGUUUCCAAGGUUAAUGAUAAAAGAAGGAAAAAAAGUGGGGAGAAAGAACAAAAUAUUUCAAAAUGUAAAAAAGCCUUUCGUGAAGGAUCUAGGAAAUCAUCAAGAGUUAAGGGUUCAGCUCCAGAGAUUGAUCCUUCAUCUGAUGGUUCAAAUUUUGGAUGGGAGACAAAAAUCAAAGCAUGGAUGGACCGAUACGAAGAGGCAAAUAAUAACCAGUAUAGUGAGGGUGUUCAGAGGGAGGCACAGAGAAUAGCCCUGAGAUUAGGCAAUGGAAACGACAAAAAAGAGAUGAAUAAAUCAGAUUUGAAUACCAAUAAUUUACUUUUCAAACCUCCUGUAGAGAGCCAUAUACAAAAGAAUAAGAAAAUUCUGAAAUCUGCAAAAGAUUUGCCUCCUGAUGCACUUAUUAUUGAGUACAGAGGGAAGUUUAUGCUGAGAGAACAGUUCGAAGCAAAUGGAUAUUUCUUCAAGAGACCAUACCCUUUUGUUUUAUUCUAUUCUAAGUUUCACGGGCUAGAGAUGUGUGUUGAUGCAAGGACUUUUGGGAAUGAGGCUCGGUUCAUCAGGCGUUCUUGUACACCCAAUGCAGAGGUGAGACAUGAAAUUGAAGAUGGAACCAUACAUCUUUACAUUUAUUCAAUACAGAAUAUUCCAAAGGGAACUGAAAUUACUAUUGCCUUUGAUUUUGACUAUGGGAAUUGUAAGUACAAGGUGGAUUGCGCAUGCCUCAAAGAAAAUCCAGAGUGCCCUGUUAUAAAACGUAGUUCGGAAUCCACGGAAAACAUCAAUAGUGGUUAUGAGACCAGAAGGAAAAAAGGAAAAAAAGACAAGGAUAUUGCAAAAGAAAGAGAUACACAAAAUCAGAAUAAUGCUUUGGACUGUGAAGGAACCAACAAAAUGAAGAGCCCAGAAAGUAAACAGAGAAAGCUUUCUCCACUGAGAUUAUCAGUAUCAAAUAAUCAGGAACCAGAUUUUAUUGAUGAUAUAGAAGAAAAAACUAUUAGCAAUGAAGUUGAAAUGGAAUCAGAGGAGCAGAUUGCAGAAAGGAAAAGGAAGAUGACAAGAGAAGAAAGGAAAAUGGAAGCAAUUCUGCAAGCUUUCGCUAGACUUGAAAAAAGAGAGAAAAGAAGAGAACAAGCUUUGGAAAGAAUCAGCACAGCCAAAACUGAAGUUAAAACUGAAUGUAAAGACGCACAGAUCGUCAGCGAUGCUGAGGUUAUUCAGGAACAAGCAAAAGAAGAAACUGCCAGCAAGCCAACCCCUGCAAAAGUGAAUAGAACUAAACAGAGAAAAAGUUUUUCUCGGAGUAGGACUCACAUUGGACAACAGCGUCGGAGACACAGAACUGUCAGCAUGUGUUCAGAUAUCCAGCCAUCUUCUCCUGACAUAGAAGUUGCUGCACAACAAAAUGACAUUGAAAAUGCUGUACUUGCAAUAGAACCUGAAACGGAAACUGCACUAGCCGAAAUAAUGACGGAAACUGAAGUUCCAGCGCUUAAUAAAUGUCCUACAAAGUACCCCAAAACAAAGAAGCACUUGGUCAAUGAAUGGUUAAGUGAGAAGAAUGAAAAGCCAGGAAAACCUUCAGACAGUCUUUCAGAAAGGCCUCUGCGCAUAACUACGGAUCCUGAAGUGCUGGCUACACAGCUCAAUUCUUUACCAGGUCUCACUUACAGUCCCCAUGUAUACUCUACUCCUAAGCAUUACAUUCGAUUUACUUCACCAUUCCUUUCAGAAAAAAGGAGAAGAAAAGAACCUCCUGAAAACAUUUCUGGCUCAUGCAAGAAGCGAUGGUUGAAACAAGCUUUGGAGGAAGAAAAUUCUGCAAUUUUACAUAGAUUUAAUUCACCCUGUCAAGAAAGAUCCAGAAGUCCUACAGUCAAUGGUGAAAGUAAAAGUCCACUACUAUUAAAUGAUAGCUGUUCCCUGUCAGAUUUAACUACACCACUAAAAAAACGAAGACUUUAUCAGUUACUAGAUCCCGCUUACUCCGAAACCUCCACACCUACUCCUUCACCGUAUGCUACACCAACUCACACCGAUAUUACUCCUCUAGACCCAUCAUUUGCCACUCCUCCACGGAUGAAAUCAGAUGAUGAAAUGUGUAGAAAUGGUUAUAAACCUAUAUAUUCACCAGUUACCCCAGUAACUCCUGGUACACCAGGAAAUACCAUGCACUUUGAGAAUAUUUCUUCCCCAGAAAGUUCUCCUGAAAUUAAGAGACGCACUUACAGUCAAGAGGGAUAUGACAGAUCUUCAACCCUGUUAACGUUGGGGCCUUUUAGGAAUUCUAACUUAACUGAAACGGGUCUGCAAGAAAUAAAGACUAUCGGUUAUACCAGCCCAAGGAGUAGGACCGAGGUCAGUAGGCAGUGCCCUGGAGAAAAGGAACCAGUAUCAGACCUCCAACUGGGACUCGAUGUGGUCGAGCAAACUGCCUUACAUAAAACCAUGGAAACGCCUACACAUGACAGGACUGAGUCUGCCAGCCAACUGGAAUCUACUCAUUCUGGACGGGCCACGAUAUAUUCCUCCUGGGUAAAGAGUCCUGACAGAACAGGGGUUAAUUUCUCAGUAAACUCUAACUUGAGGGAUCUGACACCCUCACAUCAGUUGGAGGUUGGAGGAGGCUUCCGAAUAAGUGAGUCCAAGUGCCUGAUGCAGGAUGAUACUAGAGGCAUGUUUAUGGAAACCACUGUGUUUUGCACUUCAGAAGAGGGGCUUGUAUCUGGUUUUGGACGGACUGUUAAUGACAAUUUGAUCGACGGAAGUUGCACACCCCAGAACCCACCACAAAAGAAAAAGGUUUCUCUAUUAGAAUACCGUAAGAGACAACGUGAAGCUAGGAAAAGUGGCUCUAAGGCAGAAAACUUUCCACUGGUUAGCGUAUCGCCUCAUGCAAGUGGAAACUUGAACAGCAAUGGUGAUGGGUGUGCCAACAGUAGUGAAAAUGGGGAGCAGGGAGAAAACACUGCUAGCCUACCUUUACCAACACCAGCUGCUGCUUAUACAACUACUUCUGAAGAAAUCAGCAAUAACUGUCCUGCUAAGGAAGCUUCUGCCAGCGAGAAGAAUGAACCAGAAGUUCAAUGGACUGCCUCAACUUCAGUGGAACAAGUGAGAGAAAGGAGUUAUCAGAGAGCUUUACUUCUCAGUGACCACCGAAAAGAUAAAGAUAGUGGGGGAGAAUCACCAUGUAUGUCAUGUUCACCGAGUCAUGUUCAGUCUUCACCUUCAUCUCAUUCAAAUCACAUUCCCCAGUUGCAACCUAAGGGCCCAGUCCCUUGUUUCAGUGAACUUAUGGAAGACCCAGAUCCAGAAAACCCAGAACCCACAAUUACUAAUGAAUGUCCAUCCCCAGAUACUUCUCAAAAAACUUGUAAAAGUCCUUCAAAAAUGAGCAAGCCGGGUUCACCUGGACCUAUAGUUCCUGCUCAGCCACAUGGGAAAAUACUCACAAAGGCAGAUUCCCAUUGGGAGACAACAGUUGCUGUACCAGAAGCUGAGAAUGGUGUCCACCUAAAAACAGAGCUCCAACAAAAACAGCUAUCAAAUAACACCCAAGCACUUUCAAAGAAUCAUCCUCCUCAGCCACACCUUCGCAGUUCAUCUGAGCAGCUGUCCCAAAAGCUGCCUUCUGCACCAAUGAAGCUGCACUGUCCUCCAUCACCUCACACAGAGAAUCCUCCAAAGUCCUCUACGCCUCACACAUCUGUACAGCAUGGUUAUCUUUCACCAAAGCCUCCUUCCCAACAGUUAGGAUCUCCCUACAGGCCUCAUCACUCACAGUCACCUCAAGUUGGAACACCUCAGCGAGAGCCUCAGAGAAAUUUUUAUCCAGCAGCACAGAACCUUCAAGCCAAUACUCAGCAGGCAACUUCUGGAGCAUUAUUUACACAGACACCCUCAGGACAAUCUUCAGCAACAUACAGUCAGUUUAACCAACAAAGUCUGAACAGCACGGCACCACCCCCUCCACCCCCUCCACCUCCUUCUUCUUCAUCUUACUAUCAAAACCAGCAGCCCUCUGCAAACUUCCAGAAUUAUAGUCAGCUCAAAGGUAGUCUUUCCCAACCAACUGUGUUUACAUCAGGACCAAAUCAAGCACUUCCUGGCACCACAAGCCAGCAAACAGUUCCAGGACACCACGUUACUCCAGGGCAUUUUUUGCCCUCUCAGAACCCUACUCUUCACCACCAAACUGCUGCUGCUGUUGUCCCGCCCCCUCCUCCACCACCACCUGCUCCAGGACCACACCUUGUACAACAGCCAAACGCCCAUCAGCAGCACUCUGUAGCACAUGUAGUGGGGCCUGUUCAUGCUGUGGCCCCUGGGUCACACAUUCAUUCUCAAACUGCUGGACAUCAUUUACCGCCACCUCCUCCACCUCCUGGUCCUGCCCCUCACCACCACCCACCCCCACAUCCCUCCGCAGGACUCCCAGGUCUACAAGCACAACACCAGCAUGUUGUCAAUUCAGUACCCCCACCCCCACCCCCUCCUCCACCUUCCAGUGUUCUGGCUUCUGGGCAUCAUACUGCAUCAGCUCAAGCCUUACACCACCCACCUCAUCAAGGACCUCCACUGUUUCCUUCAAGUGCUCAUCCAGCUGUACCACCCUAUCCCUCACAAGCUACCCAUCACACCACUUUGGGACCGGGACCCCAACACCAGCCUUCUGGAACAGGGCCACAUUGUCCAUUACCAGUCGCAGGUCCUCACCUCCAGCCCCAAGGACCAAACAGUAUUCCAACACCUACUGCUUCAGGGUUCUGUCCACAUCCGGGCUCUGUGGCCCUGCCACAUGGGGUUCAAGGACCUCAGCAGGCAUCUCCAGUGCCUGGACAGAUUCCAAUUCACAGAGCACAGGUGCCACCAACAUUUCAGAACAAUUACCAUGGUUCAGGGUGGCAUUAAUGGACUCCAAAAACAUUUUUUUAAAUGUUCUGUAAGAUAAACUGUAUAUUUCAUAUGUACCUAUUAAGGUACUUUUUAAAGCUUGUACAUGAAACUUUGUAUAAAAAAAACAAAAAAAACACCAGUGCUCUUUCAUUGUAUUUUUCCCAUUUUUGCUUUUUAAAAUUCCUUUGAAAAUGUGCUGUUAAGCCAGUGUUUAGGUAUCUUUAUUUUGUAAGUGAACAUUCCAGCUGUUUUCCCGGCAGCAGAUUUGAUGCUACAUGAUCUUUAAAUCUUAUUGUUGCCGUUAAAUUCAUUUAGUGAAUGUUUUCUAUAUUUUAUACAUAUGCAGUAAGUACACAACUAAGUAAUGGCACUAUGAGGAUUUUUUUUUUUCCCUGUCAGCAGUUCUGUGGGUGCAUCUUAGAUUAAAAAUGCAAUACAGAUUUUUAUAGUUUGGUGUGGACAUGGCUCGUUUUAUCGGUUAUUUGCAAGCAAAAUGUAAUUUAAUGUAUAGAUGAUUUCUAAUGCCUCCCGAUAAACUGUAAAUACUGCACUUCUUUUGCGUAUAUAACUGCUUACAGCUUUUCUCAUUUGAUAUAUAGCAUUGUACAUAUGACAAGUCUUUUGCAAAACUGUGUGAUCUUUGUGAAAGUAGUACAGUAUAUGACCUUUAGUUUCUUUUUUAUUUUGAAUAUACUGUCACACUGAAGCACUGGUUGGGCAUUUUAAUUCAUGUUAAUAAAUCACAAUUAUGUCAGUUUUACCAAAUUGUCCUGUACAACUUCUAAGAUUGGGGUCUGGUUAGGUAAGUUACACCUGCAACAAAAGCUACAGUUUUUAAAUACAGUUUUGUAAGGAGGCUUUGAUUUUCUGUAGCGACUACCUACCUCACUUUAACGGCAGCCAGUGUCAGGAGGCAGUAAGGGGUUGGUUGUUCCCACAGUGUUCCUAACUUGCCAUUUUUGCAGGAGCAAGAGCCAUAGGACACUACUAAAUAUUCAUGCUAUGCAAAUUUACUGACAUAUCUGACAUCAUACAAAAUAAAUCCAUACUAUUAAUUAAUGCAUUACACAUGAUAAUUAUAAGACUGCAAUUUAUAACAACUCUUGAAAAUAAGUAGUUUGCCUGAAAACAGGAAAAUUUCAUUUGUACAUUUUAGAACAUGACUGAAAUGUCCCACUGAGUAAUCAAAAUGAUUUUGAAAACCUUAACAUUAGCUAUAGUAUAUAUAUAAAAAAAAAUACUUUUUUUUUAAAUUUGGUUUGGGUGUAUAAAACUAAAGGAAAAAAGCAUUAUUCUAAUAUCUCUCAAGUGAAAAAAAAAAGAAAUUUUUUUACUAGAAUAUAAAAUGCUCAUUAUUACUUUGGAAAAAUAGAAAAUCCCCAGCCUUUGUCUUCUACCCCUCAGGAGAAUACGCAUAUCCAAUAGUAAUGACACUAUCUGUUAAUAAAUUUUCCAUUAUCCAAAUUACUUGACAUCAUUUGGCAUAGCAUACUAAAUUUGUGCGUUGGAGAAAAAAAGACUAAAAUGACUGAAUAAGAUUUGGUGUAGUAACUUAAAUCAUGUUCAUACUUUUAGUUUCCAUUUCCUCUUGAAAAUUAGUGAUGAUGGUGACGUUAACACAGCUGUUGUUAGGGCUCAAUCCUAACCCUAACUUUCAAGAUUUAGAAGAACCCAACUUUGCCAUCCUUUAACUUGUCAAACAAAAUUCUACUUGCAGUAUUCACUAACGAAACAAUCAUCACCCACCUCAUUGUUUCAAACAAGGAACAUGGUUAACUAACAUGGUGAAAUACCUAUAUUCACCUUUUAAGAGGAUGAUCCUUGUAAAGAUUUUUAAUUCCUCAGAGUUUUAAAUUUGCCUAUUAUAUCAAAUAAUAUAUGCAGAAGCUUCUGACUCCUUGGUGAGGAUAUACCCACUCUCAAAUACUACCCUCUACAAAAAUGUCAUUAAAGAAAUAACAAAAAAUUAAUGAGAUAAAAAUGGAAUUUAAGAAAUAGUUGGAACUAUAGACAACCUUUUUUUUUUUUUUUUUUUAACCCUACUUGCAACAAUGGCGUUACUUUCUCCUGUUUCUCUAGUUAUGUAUGCCUCAGGUACAGGAAGAAGCAGCAAGUUAGUUAGUAAAUCGGCUUUUACCUCAAAAGUUUAUGCCUUCUUUUAAGGCUCCUACAUCCACUUCUCUGCCUUUGGGCAGUUUUAUCAGCCAACUGCUAGACAAACAGCUUCUCAACUUACUCCAGUCACAUACAUCCUCCAUUGCCUACCAUUUUACAUGGGAAAAGAGGGCAUUCGACCAAACUCAAUGAGCUGGCUAUUCUAAGGUUUUGCAUAACCAGUGGUUCUCCUUUAGCUUAUAUGCCUUCUUUAUCAACAAGUCACCAAGAAUCUGCUAAAACUGUACUGCUCCUAAUACAAAUGUAUACUCCUAGAGACACAGUAGCUGCAACGAUGGGCUUAAGCAUAAGGACUGUGAGGAUGGUGCAGGACCAGACAGUGUUUUGUUCUGUUGUACACAGGAUCACUAUAAGUUGGAACCGACUGAACACCACCUAACAAUAACAGAGCCAUCUGUGUCUAUAUUAUUAACUAGUGAGGCUUUUUUUAUCAUAAGGGACAGACCUUUAAAAAUAAUCCAGUUUAUUUUCCAACAUGGGCCAAAACUGCACUACACAUUUUAUUUAAGUGUGUUGUCAUCCUGGUAAAGAUUCAUAUACUCUUAGGGAAGCUACAAAUACAUUGUGUGUUUCCUAUGGAAACUGUGGAUGACAGCACUAUAUGGUCCACAGCCACCAUCUGUCAAAGCACCUACAUGGUCACCUACAGCCACAUUAGAAAAACUUUGCAUGCAUACUUCUAAAAUGAAUGAUAUGUACUACCUCACAGCGAUGUGAUAUAAUGCUAAUUCCUAAGAAGGUUAUGUAUCUUGUUCCCUCAUAGUAAAUACUGUUAAAAAAAAAAAAAACUGCACAAACAUGCUCAAACAGAAUGCAAUUAAUAUGUUUUUGAUGAAACACAGAUGAAAAAGGAUUACUGAAAUUCUACGUAAUGAAUUCUAGAUACUGCAGCAUCUUUUCUAAAUGCAUAUUCUGUCCUUACAAAACAAUAAAUGACUUCCUUAUAAUAAGCCUUAAUGCAUGUUAUACAUUUCCAGCAACAAGAAUGUUAUUGCCUUUAGAUUUUGGUUACACUACACUAAAAUGAUAGCAAAUGUUUGUUGAUUCUAUCACUUUAAAUAUAGGCCAAUGACCAAGACAGUGUCUGGGGGGGAGGGAAAAACACUUUAAUUUUUAAGACAACUGCAAGCACCUCAAACAAUGGAUUAUUGUUACAACACUUGGUAUCUUUUCACAAUCUAGUUAUUGCAAAGGCAUAUGGAUAAAUUUUAAUGGACAAAAGUCAAGAAAAACGAGGCACCUCAAUGAAUGUAAAAUUUAAAAAAAACUUACAUUCAUCCCAUUGACUUCUAAAAGAGGUUGAAUACACCUCUGCAUAUUACAUUCUAAAAAAUGUACUGACUACUAUGGUUUGUGUCCUGAAUUCUACAAUUAAUUUUAAGGAAAUGCAUAAGCAAAACUGCAACCUGCAAAGGGAAAAAUCAUUUUCUCUACUUCAGUUCAUGGAAAGACAAUGAAAAAGCUAUUAAAAUUUGUAGCAAUACAUAAAACUACCUACCUAUGGAAUGAACAUGAUCACUGUUACCUCUGAGAUGUUAGGAGUCACUCUGCCCGCCCACUGCACUGCAAAUUUUAUCUACCACACUUGUGUUUUAGACACUCAUGCUUUUAAAAAAAAAAAAAAGUUAUUUUCAUUCCACACACUGAAAAUGUUUCUACUGUCCAAUUUAAUCUAUGUAUAUAGUUUAACUUACAGUGCUUGGUGGAGGCAACACCACAUGGUACUGGGUUAUCACAUUUUUAAAGGGAAAUCGCUCUUUUUUUUUAAAAAGUACUUUGAAAAAUACGCAAAAUACGAAUGGUAGUGCUAACCUAUAAUGCAUAUUUUAGAAUGAGAAGCAUGUCUUUUCUUCCUUUAAAGUGCCAGACAAGGAAUGAAAUCUUGUAAACCAGAGACACACUGUUUAAAAUCCAAUGUAAAAGGUCUGUCAUGGAAUGAAAAGUUUGCACCGCUCCUUGGAGCAGUUAAAGACUGCUACAUGCAACUUAGGCUACAAAGCACUCAAGACUUAGUAGCUUUUCUGAAAUUUGAGUCCCCAUCCCAUAUUUAAUGGAAAUUAACAUUUACAGGGUGCAUUUACAUAUGCUAUAAUACAGGAAUGAUGUCCCUUUGCCAGAAAAUAAAAUAGUACAUUUCCUUGCUAUUUCUUACUUCCAACUUGAUAAUCUCUUACGAUUGUAAAUUAUAUAGUACUCGGCUAAAAUAUUUCUUCAUAAAUAGUUACAAAACCUGCCCAAACACAAGGGGGAAAGUAUUUUUCAUUCAAAAAAAAAAAAAAAGACAUUUGGAUGUCACACAAGAAACAA